GGCGCCCCACCCGCGUGCGUAGGCGCCGCUGCCUCACUCCGCAACACUUAUUGUUAGUUGUAGAGUGCACCCCGCGCCGACCUGUGUCGCGCCGUCCCGCUACACAAACUAUGUGCACCCGAAUCAAACGAUCUGUGAUAUAGUGAUAAGUUCUAUUUAUUAAGUGAAAGAAGUGACUAUAGUGUCCCAAAAGAAAGAUGACUCAUAACAUAAUUCUAUACUACUUCUUAGUAGCACUGACAGCACCACUCCUUGUACAAUGCAUAUCAGUGCUAGGUCCACAAGUGUUGCGGCCCUUCAACUCUUACACAGUAGCCAUAGCAGGUGGCUCCAGAGCAUAUACUCUGUAUGUAGCCGUGGAAGGUAGACGAGCUAAUGGGGAACAGUUCACGAAGGGACGAGAAGUGCAGGUCCCUGCUGCUGCCACCAGGCUCAUAGAACUUGAAAUCGGUGACCCUGGUCCGGGGCAGUACUCGCUGGUAGCGCGGUCAACCUCAGGCCCGCUAUUCUCGUCAUCGUCACCGUUGUUCUACCAACCGCGCAGUUUCGCCAUCUUCGUACAAACCGAUAAACGAGUCUACCAACCCAAAGACACCAUUAACUUUAGGGUCAUCGCCUUGGACAAGUACCUGCUGCCUCUGUCGACGACUGUGGACGUCAGUGUGCUGGAUACAGGCGGGUCACCUAUAAGGCAAUGGGCUGGUGUUGAGCUAGAUCGAGGAGUACUUACUCAAGAGUUGGUCUUAGCUGAUGAACCUGCUCUUGGAGAAUGGACAAUACAGGUGGAGGCUCGUGGGCAGAAAUACUCGCGACGGGUGCUGGUCGCAGACUAUGUACAGCCAAGGUUCCACAUGGAGAUGAACAUGCCAAAGGAAGUCCUGUUCACCGAUGGAAGAUUCGACAUCAACGUUACCGCUAAACACUUCAACGGACUCCCAGUUCGUGGUGAACUUACGAUAUCUGCGUACCCGGUGUUCUUCUCCGGAGUUCUACAACCGGUUGUCGCAGCCCCGACAAGGAAAGUCGUGGACAUUAACGGUCAAGCGCAAAUUACAUUCGACCUCAAAACUGACCUAGACUUGGCUGAGGAUGCAGCGAGGCCGCUCGUCGUGGAAGCCGUUAUUGAAGAGAAAGAUACAUUAAUCAAACAGAAUAUUACGAACAGAAUUCUGCUUUUAAGAACACCUUAUAGACUGAAAGUAACAGCGCCCAAUUACUUCAAACCUACACUGCCUUAUAUCGUACAGAUUGAAGUAGUAGACCCAUCAGGGCAGGUGAUGCCUGCAGAAGGUGACGUCACAGUAGAGCGACUAUGGGACGAUGGCGCUCCAGUGAAUGUCACCACCGUGACUCUGAACAAAGGCAUCGCCACUUAUUCCGUGGUACCCGAUAGAGCUCAUGUCAACUCUACGCUGAACUUAGUGGUAAAAUACAAGGAAGUAACAGAACGCGUAGUAAACGUGCAAAGAAGUGAAUAUUCCUUCGGCCAGUUCCUGACGGCGGAGAUACUAACGCGCGGUACUGGCGUAGGCGGUGAGAUGCGUGCGCGCAUCACUGCCACCGAACCUAUGGACAUGGUGCACUACGCUGUGAUUGGACGAGGGGAUAUCAUUGUUGCGAAGACCGUUGAGUUGAGCCCAGCCCGUCGCAGCGUAGACGUGACAGUGUCGGUAACAUCCCGCAUGUCCCCGGGCUGCGUGUUGGUGGCGUGGUACCCGCGCCUCGACGUCAACAACCUGCUCGCCGCCGCAGUCUAUGCGCCACAAUCCAACCUACUACAGAAUGAUAUCGCAAUAUCUCCUGUAUCAAGUGGCGGCGCGGGCGCACGCCCCAAUACUCUGGUAGAGCUGCGAGUGUCGGGCGACGCAGGCGCAUACGUGGCUCUAUUGGCUGAAGACACCAAGGCUAUACAAGCUGGACUCGCCAACCAAAAUGGACUUGGCAAUGGACUUGAUAUGCACACUGUUGAGCGAGAAGUAGAAAGCUUCAACGGUCUAUCGCAUUCGAUAUUCAAAAAUGAAGACCAUCUUCCUGGAAUGGGCUUGGACCUGAGUGGCUACACUGCUGCAGAUGUUUUCAAAAACGCUGGCGUGGUUAUCCUUACUGACGGUGUGGUUGUCAAAGGCAAUACAGAAGCUCCAACCCAAGCCGUGGUAGAAACAGGCACUCGGGCUCCUCAAGCAGGACCAUAUGCCUUCAGUCGGUUGCCCCCACCGCCAUCCCCUCGGUACUAUCUCACUGUCACACCACAACCCACAUGGAUGCUGGCCAACCUUACUAUUGGUAAUGAUGGACAAGGAGCCAAAGAACGUUGGACAGCAGUGACGCCUGGUGAAUUCUCAAUCGGAGCCUUCUCAGUCCACCCUACCCUUGGCCUUGGACUGGCUUCCCCACAGAAGUUCACCACAUCCGUUCCCCUGUCGAUAUCUGCAGAGCUACCUGCCACUCUUCAACGAGGAGAGACUGUAGCUGCAGUAAUCAUCUUGAAGACUACACUAGCGGUAGACACAUCCGUUGAGGUCACUUUCUACAACAGCGAUCAAUACUUCGAAUUCGAACCUCUCGAUAACGAACUCGAUUCAGCGAAAAAAAUUGAAUUAUUCCGUCGCGUCCGCGUGAUGGUCCCGGCGCGUGGCUCCGUGAGCACUGCCUUCUUAGUCACAGUGGUGCGCAGUGGAGAUGCGCCUGUCAUCGUCGAAGCGAGUGGCAAUGGCGUCUCCGACUCACUCUUCAGGACUAUUCAAGUCAAGGAUGGUUACGAAGAGGAUUUAUUCUCAUGGAGUCUACUGGACGCCCGUCGUGGAGUAGCCCGAGCUAACGUAACGCUAGAAGUACCGCCAGGUAUAAAGGCGGGUCCCACAUCACUUCAAGCUACAGGGGACUUGCUCUCUGGAGCCCUGCAGGCUGUGAGAGAGCCUCCAGCUCCCGCCGCAGACCCGACUUAUGCUGUGAGACCAUUAGCACUAGCUUGCGUUCUACUGGAUUACUUGCAGGCUUCAGGACAAGAAGAAGUAGCUUCAACUAAAGAAGCAAAGGAACUGGCAGCCAUUGGUUACCAACGUCUAAUGGCCUUCCGACGAUCUGACGGUUCUUUUGCAGCGGAACUUGAUGCUGAUGCAGAAGGAGAUGUUUGGAUGACGGCGGUAGCGUGUCGUUGGUUGUCGCGAUGCGCGCGCUACGUCCAAGUAGAGCCUACGGCAGCGCGCGAGGCGGCGGCGUGGCUGGCGCAUGCGCAGCGGCCGGCCGGGGACUGGCCGCCGCCCGCACCCUCCGCACGCACUGCGCCACACGCACAGACCACACUACCCCUCACUGCAUACUCACUUAUAGCCCUCCACCACUCCAAGGGCAGUGAUGUCUUAUACAAGAACAACAUCAACAAGGCAGUGGACUUCGUGGCCCGAGGGCUAUCACCAGAACUAGACGCGUAUUCUCUGGCUCUGAUAGGAGGAGCUCUGGCUGUCACUAGACACCCACAACUCACGCAAACAUUAGAAAUCAUGGACAAAUACGCCAACGCUACAGGUUCAACAUUAUUCUGGUCACGAAUACUAUCAGGUAACGAGUGGCGGAAUCCCUGGUUAAAGGGCAAUAGCUUAGAGGCUACGACAGCAGCUUGGGGCCUGCGGGCCAUGUUAGGAGCUCGGCUGGUGGAGGAAGCUACUCCUGUUGUCAGGUACCUGCUGCAAGCGUACCUACCGCAUGACCCUGAUCCUGAAGUGAUGGAUGCACUGGCACAAUAUGCGGAAGUUGCGAAGACAUCAUCGAAGCUGCGAGUGUCGGUGAACGUCACUGGAUCGGAAGAAGCAAGACAAUUCCAGAUUGCAGAGAAUAAUGCAUUGGUGAUACAGAUGAAACCGAUCCGCACCAGCCGAUCCGUUAGCGCAGUGACUGAAGGUCGUGGUCUCGGUCUUCUUGGCUUGUCUGCUCGAGGUGCUACCAAUGUGACGGCACCUUGGCCGCGGUAUACCCUCGACCCCAGAGUGGACCAGGUGUCCACUAAAGACCGUCUCCAGCUCUCCGUUUGUUUUGGAUUCGUAGCACAAGGCAAUGAAACGGAGAGUGGUCUCACGUUACUGACUGUCCAACUUCCAUCAGGAUAUGUAGCGGAUAUCACCACGUUGACUGAAUUGACGUCGGUGCGGCACGUGGUGUGGGCGCGCGUGGCGGGCGCGGGCACGCGCGUGCUGGCCGCCGUGCGCGCUGCACGCGCCGAGCGCUGCGCCACGCUGGCCGCGCCGCGGGCACUGCCCGUCGCCAGGCAGCGCCCCGCCUGGGCUACGCUGCAGGAUCUCUACGAUUCCAGUCACCGAGCACGCGUAUUCUUCUCCCCGACCGCGGCGAGUGCGUGCGACGUGUGCCGCGCGUGGGAGUCGUGCUCCCGCGCUUGUGGCGCCGCCGCGCAGCAACUGGGGAAUCGCGACACGCCCGGACAGCUCGCGCCUGACGCUGCGCACGCGCAUCUUCUAGCCCCAGCCACUAUAUUGUUGGCCACCGCACUACUACUACUAUAGCCUGCAGACCAACUUUAAUCUGUGACAACUAACACUAACUAAAGUGCUAUUUUAUUGUGUGCAGUGCGAAAUGGAGUACAAGUGUAUAAGCAAUACAGUUCUGUAGGUAUCUACCGCCGACUAGUUAGGUACACAUUGUUUCUUCGAUUGAAGAGUAUUGAGGACAUGAUGUGAUAAGUCCCAGUAAUCCAACCUCCGUACUUGCAUUACUGUGGCUUCACAAUAUUUGGCUUCUUUGUCAAUUUUACGUUAUACCUACAUAAUUUUAUUCCACAAAGUGUACCCACAUGAUUCGAACUACGUUUGAACGCAAAUGUAGGUACUUAUGCAUACUUUUCAGUAACAUAUGACUAUCUACUAAAUAAACUAAUGUAACUUAAACUGGAUAACACAAUAUAUUGUAGUAAGUAGCAGCAGUGGUUAAAUGAAAUGAAAGAAAACACACCUUAUUUAUUAUUCUUACUUUAUAUAAAUUCGUACAAAUAAAUAUGUAUAUUGAAUCAGUGGCAUUUUGUUUAAAUAGAUUGUUAAUAUGUAUAAAUUAUUGACAAUUUUACAUGGUUUGUGACUAUACAUAAAAUUUUAUAUUAAAACGAAAAAUCACAAUAAAAUGAUAAAUAAAUAACUUAAAAAUAUAAAAAUGGACUUUUUACUUAACCUAACCUGCCGUCAUAACCAAACUUUAAAAAAAAAUGAACUAUAUUUCCAUCUUCCUCAUCAUCCAUUGGAAAAAGCCGAGGAUAGAGAAAGACAUGGUUAGAGGUACCGCUGACGCUUUGAUCCACGCCCAUAA